AUGGUCGUGCUACCAAUACAAAAUGUUGAAGUGGUUCAACAACCUACUCCCGGCAGUAGCGCUUUUGGCAACGAAACUUUCGACGAGUCAAAAGAGUUCAAGUGUGAACUGUGCGGAAAGUGUUACUCCCAGCGAGGCGUCCUCAACCGGCACAUCCGACACGUGCACAAGCUGGACGGGUCGACUGCCGUCAGUGCCGAAGGUCCUCCGGCCGAUACGCGCGAGUGUGACGAGUGCAAGAAGUACAUCAAACGGAAGCUCUUUAGCGAACACCGCAAACACCACGAGAACGUGCGGCUGAGGAAGUUCGUGUGUCCCUUGUGCGAUAAAGCGUUUCGUACAAACCAUCACCAGAAGGAGCACGUGGCAACGCGAGCCUGUGAGAAAACGUCCGAGGUGGCGAAAUACGGUGGUGCUGAUGCCAAGUACAAGUGCGUCGAGUGUGGCAAAGCGUACAACAACAGCCAGAGCAUUGAUUCGCAUAUGAAGCGGCACAAGGUGCUGCGGGAGGAGCGAUACAAGUGCGGUAUUUGUCAAAAGGUAGUGCGUUAG